ACCAAUCCCCACAAUCUCAUCAUCACCCACAACACCGAGCACCACAAAAUAGAGAUCAAUUCACUGACAGUCCACCAAAAUGGCUAAGCGGUUGGUCCUCUUUGCGACAGUAGUCAUUGGCCUCGUGGCUCUCACCGUCGCUGAAGGUGAGGCCUCUAGGCAACUACAGUGCGAGCGCGAGCUCCAGGAGAGCUCGCUUGAGGCAUGCCGGCUGGUCGUGGACCAACAGUUGGCCGGCCGGCUGCCAUGGAGCACGGGGCUCCAGAUGCGGUGCUGCCAGCAGCUCCGAGAUAUUAGUGCCAAGUGUCGCCCCGUCGCCGUCAGCCAAGUCGCAAGACAAUAUGGGCAAACCGCGGUGCCGCCCAAGGGCGGAUCCUUCUACCCUCGCGAGACCACGCCACUGCAGCAACUCCAACAAGGAAUAUUUGGGGGAACAUCUUCACAAACAGUACAAGGGUAUUACCCAAGUGUAAUAUCUCCUCAGCAGGGGUCAUAUUAUCCAGGCCAAGCUUCUCCACAACAGCCAGGAAAAUGGCAAGAACUAGGACAAGGGCAACAAGGGUACUAUCCAACUUCUCUGCAGCAGCCAGGACAAGGGCAACAAGGGUACUACCGAACUUCUCUGCAGCAGCCAGGACAAGGGCAACAGAUAGGACAAUGGCAACAAGGGUACUACCCAACUUCUCCGCAGCACCCAGGACAAGGGCAACAACCAGGACAAGUGCAAAAAAUAGGACAAGGGCAACAACCAGAAAAAGGGCAACAACUAGGACAAGAGCAACAAAUAGGACAAGGGCAACAACCAGGACAAGGGCAACAACCAGGACAAGGGCAACAAGGGUACUACCCAACUUCUCUGCAGCAGCCAAGACAAGGGCAACAACCAGGACAAUGGCAACAACCAGGACAAGGGCAACAAGGGUACUACCCAACUUCUCUGCAGCAGCCAGGACAAGGGCAACAAGGGCACUACCCAGCUUCUCAGCACCAGCCAGGGCAGGGGCAACAAGGGCACCACCCAGCUUCUCUGCAGCAGUCAGGACAAGGGCAACAAGGGCACCACUCAGCUUCUCUGCAGCAGCCAGGACAAGGGAAACAAACAGGACAGCGAGAACAAAGGCAACAACCAGGACAAGGGCAACAAACAGGACAAGGGCAACAACCAGAACAAGAGCAACAACCAGGACAAGGGCAACAAGGGUACUAUCCAACUUAUCUGCAACAGCCAGGACAAGGGCAACAGCCAGAACAAUGGCAACAACUAGGACAAGGUCAACAAGGGCACUACCCAGCUUCUCUGCAGCAGUCAGGACAAGGACAACAAGGGCACUACCCAGCUUCUCUGCAGCAGCCAGGACAAGGACAACCAGGACAAACACAACAACCAGGACAAGGGCAACAUCCAGAACAAGAGGAACAACCAGGACAAGGGCAACAAGGGUACUAUCCAACCUCUCCGCAACAACCAGGACAAGGGCAACAACCAGGACAAGGGCAACAAGGGCACUUCCCAACUUCUGGACAAGCGCAACAACCAGGACAAGGCCAACAAAUAGGACAAGCGCAACAACUAGGACAAGGGCAACAAGGAUACUACCCAACUUCUCUGCAGCAGCCAGGACAAGAGCAACAGUCAGGACAAGGGCAACAGUUAGGACAAGGACACCAACCAGGACAAGGGCAACAAUCAGGACAAGAGCAACAAGGCUACGACAGCCCAUACCAUGUUAGCGUGGAGCAGCAAGCGGCCAGCCCAAAGGUGGCAAAGGCGCACCAUCCGGUGGCACAGCUGCCGACAAUGUGCCAGAUGGAGGGGGGCGACACAUUGUCGGCUAGCCAGUGAUAGAACUCUCUGCAGCUUGCAUGGUGCUUGGGCAUGCAUGCACCUUAGCUAUCCAAUAAACGUGACGUGUGUUCAUGGUUUUUCAUGUAACUAGAGUAGACCCCAAUAAUGAUGCAAAAUGAAAAGCUUCUCCAGCUAAAAAAAGAACAAAAUGGGUGUUGUAUAGUA